AUGGUGGCGGGGGGUGAGAGGAUGAUGGUGGCCGGAGGGAAGAAAGAGGAGCAACAAAAAAAGACUGCGGCUGGAGGUGGAGAGAGAGAUGAGCAGGUGGUGAGCCGCCGCCGCUGUGCUAGAAGUCACGGUUGGGACGGAGUCGCGACGUACAGGGGGGAGAGAGCAGAUCUGGUGUUGACAGUAGCGAUAGUCGUGUUGGGUGAAUGUGGUGGUUGCGGUGGUGGAGAUGGUGGAGGUGAAGGUGAAGGUGGUGGACAUGGAAUGGGGCUUUACCUCUGUCCAGCAGUUUUUGGCAAAGAUCUGGAAUUGAAAUCGACAAUAAAGUUGGGCAGAUGGUACUGUGGACAUGGAGGUGGUGGUUAUGGAGGGGGCGGGCGGCAUGGAUGUGGAGGGAGCGGCAGAUUCGGUGGCGGUGAAGUUGCCGGAAGCGGGGGUGGAGGCAGUGGCUUGGAGAAGGAGAAGAAGAAGGUCGGGUUGUUGGAGAAUUUAGUGAUAUUCUCUUAG